UCACUGGGGAGAAGCUUUCCAGUUGAGGGCGAUCGUGCGAUAUGGAAUGACUUAAAUUGAAAGUCACCGCCGGAUUGGAAUUCAGACACUGUUUAGUUCUGUGACAGCCAACACACCAAUAAAAUCUAACCCAGAAUGGUUUCCGAGCAAUUCAACGCCGCCGCCGAGAAGGUGAAGAGCCUGACCAAGCGGCCCAGUGAUGAUGAGUUCCUCCAGCUGUACGCCCUCUUCAAGCAGGCCAGCGUGGGUGACAACGACACCGCCAAGCCGGGUCUCCUCGACCUGAAGGGCAAGGCCAAGUGGGAGGCCUGGAACAAGCAGAAGGGCAAGAGCAGCGAUGCCGCCCAGCAGGAGUACAUCACCUUCGUGGAGGGUCUGGUGGCCAAGUACGCCUAAACUAAACAAAACCCCAAUCCCAAUCAGCAAUUAGCGAUCUUAAACCAGCUAGAGACUAUUGUAAUCUUACCUUUAAUGCGGAAUAAACUUUGUAUGUUAAUUUUGUACUAAAA